AUGGCUAGAAGUAAGGUCAAGUAUUCCUACAUUCUCAAUCACAUCCUGGGAAGAAACACCUUAAGAAAGAGAAGAUUAUGUGUUGUGAAAAAACUAUAUGAACUUACCACUCUAUGUGACGUUGAAGCAUGUACUGUUUUCAAAGGCCGAACUGGGAAAACGGAAGGUCAAUCAAGAGACGUUCACGAGGCAGAGGUUAGGAAAGACAUAAGAGAUGCUGAGAAGACAGCAAAGAGAGAGAACCGUCGUAAUCAAAUGACGUACAUCAUGUACCAAUCCAUGAUAAAUCCACAAACAGCCAUGUCAAGGCUGAAUGUGGAGGAUUUUGUAGAGCUUGAUAGAGUUACUGGCCAGAACCUAGAGGAGGUCAAAAGGAUGAUGGAGAAUCAUCGGAGGGACCCCUCUUUCAACCCACCUCCCCCUCCUCAGUUUGGCGCAGACGGGAGUGGAGUCGGUGGUAGCCAAGAUGAGUUUAUGCUUCCAAAUUAUGGGGGAUUUGACUCAUUAGUGGCGCCCAACAUGCCAUAUCAUCCUCCUCCUCCUCCUUUCAUGGAGUUUGCGCCUCCCAACAUGGGAUUUCAGCCUCCAGUUAUGGAUUUCCAACAGGCCAAUAUGGGAUUUCCAUAUGACAUGCAUUUCAUGGAUCCCCCCAACAUGGGAUUUCAGCCGCAAAAUGCAGGCCUGCCUUACAUGGAUCCAGACAUGGGAUUUCAGCCGCAAAAUGCAGGCCUGCCUUACAUGGAUCCCAACAACAUGGGAGCGAUCUGCCCCCAUUCCCUUAAUUAG